CCGUUCUCUCAUACAGCUCACUACCGCCCAGUUCAGCACAUACAUUCUUGCAGUGUUAACAUCAAGAUCUCGCUAUCCGCUCACUUUCGCUUGAUCGCCGCACGUCAAACAUGCCUGCUUCCGUAGCUGCAGACGAGGUUGAGGAGGAGAACCCCACGCACGAGAUCUGCGGUGUCGAGCAGCUCCAGAAUCAUGGCAUCAACAAAGCCGACAUCGACAAAUUGAAGGCCAAUGGCUUCCCCACAGUUGGUCUCGUCCAAGCAGCCAUGUCGAAGCAGCUCAAGCAGAUCAAGGGGUUCUCCGAGAUCAAGGUCGAAAAGAUCAAAGAAGCUUGCCGCAAGCUUGAUGAUACCACGACCGGCUGGAUCACUUCUGCUGAGCUCGGCCAAAAACGCCGUGCUGUAUUCAAGAUCAAGACCGGCAGCGACGCCCUUGACAAGAUCCUCGGUGGCGGUUUUGAGUCCGGCAGCGUCAGUGAAGUGUUCAGCGAGUUUCGCUGCGGCAAGACUCAACUCUCGCACACCAUGUGUGUCAUAGCACAACGUCCCAGAAGCCUUAGAGGGGCCGAUGGGAAAGUUGCUGUCAUUGAUACCGAGGGGACUUUUCGUCCUGAGAGAAUUUCGCAGAUCGCCGAGCGCUUCAACAUGGACCCGGAAAUGUGCAACGAGAACAUCAGAUACAAGCGCAGUGCCAACAGCGAGCAACAGCACGAAGACCUUCUAUCCUUAGCAGAGGAAUUCGCCACAGGAGAGUACCGCCUGCUCAUCGUCGACUCCAUCCUCAACCUCUUCCGCAGCGACUACUCCGGUCGCGGUGAGCUCAGUGAGCGACAACAGAAGCUGGGUCAACACCUACGCAAGCUCACCGAGUACGCCGAAGAGUUCAACGUCGCUGUCUUCAUGACCAAUCAAGUCCAAUCCGAUCCUGGAGCGAGCGCACUCUUCGCCAGUGCCGAUGGCCGCAAGCCCGUUGGCGGGCAUGUCCUUGCUCACGCAUCGUCCACUCGGCUCCUGCUUCGCAAGGGUCGUGGCGAGGAACGUGUCGCGAAGAUCCUGGACUCUCCAGAUUGCCCAGAAGGCGAAGCGACUUACACAAUCACCACUGGCGGCAUCCGGGAUGUUGGUGACUCCUGA